AAGUGUGCAACCCGGACAUAUUAGCGUGUGACACACGGCGGUCUAGUGUGGAACACAUGUGGAUACCGUCGUGUUACUGUCGCAGUUUAGCUUUUCAGAGUGUUCUCGGUUAAAAAGGUCUGUCAAAAUGAGAAGUGUUUUUGUCGAUAGCAGGAGUAAAGUGUGAGAGGGGUGGCUGUGUUGAUAAAACUCUCCAGUCCUUCGUUUCGCUGAAAAAUGGGGAAAUCAAAGACCAAGAACCAGAAAAAAUCCCGAGCACAAGCCAACCAUGUGGCCGAGGAGACGUACGGGGUUAUUCCCCACUCCUUCGUGUUCCAUCGGGGUCAGAUUGGAAAAAACGUGGGCCAACUCAUCCAGGACGUGCGGAGAAUCAUGAUGCCAUACACUGCAGAGUCUCUGAAGAUUAAGAAAAAGAACGUGCUGAAAGACUUUGUGGCUAUCGCAGGACCACUGGGAGUGACGCACUUUAUGAUCUUCAGCAAGACUCCAAGCAGUAUAAACAUGAGACUUGCCCGACUCCCCAAAGGUCCCACGCUUCAUUUCAGAGUGCUGAAGUACUCUCUCAUUAAAGACGUGGUUUCAUCUCUGAAGAAGCACAGGAUGCAUGAUCAGCAGUUCACCCAUCAUCCAUUACUCAUCCUCAACAACUUUGGAUCCGAUGGCAUGCAGGUCAAACUGAUGGCUACCAUGUUCCAAAACAUGUUUCCCUCCAUUAAUGUGCACAGGGUGAGCCUCAACAACAUCAAGAGGUGUGUGCUGGUGAAUUACAACCCAGAGUCCCAGGAGAUUGAAUUUCGACAUUACAGCCUCAAGGUCGUCCCUGUGGGCAUGAGCCGUGGGGUCAAGAAGCUCAUGCAGGAGAAGUUCCCCAACAUGUGCAAGCUGGAGGACAUCAGUGAGCUGCUGAUGAAAGGGGCAAACCUUUCAGAGAGUGAAGCAGAACAGGACGGGGAGCACAACAUAACAGAGCUCCCUCAGGUUUACUCUGGCCGAGGUAACAUGGCGUCCCAGCAGAGUGCAGUCCGUCUGACUGAAAUUGGUCCUCGCAUGACUCUGCAGCUGAUGAAAAUAGAAGAAGGCAUGGGAGAGGGGACUGUCCUCUAUCACGCCAUCAUCUCAAAGACGGAGGAAGAGAUACAGGAGAUCCUGAACCGGAAGGAGGCUCAGCUGAAAGAGAAACAGGAACGCAAGAAGAAGCAGGAGCAGAAUGUUGCUCAGAAGAAAGAGAAAAACGAAGAGAACAAGAAAAAGAGCUUAGCAGGCAUAAAGAGGAAACAUGUGGAGGCUGAAGAAGAGGACAGCGAGGUUGAGGAUCCCGGGAGGCAGGAUGAUCGGCCCGCUGCUGUUGAGUCAGACGACGAGGUGGAGUACUACCGACAGGCUGUAGGAGAGGAGCCAGAUGAAGACAUGUUCCCUAGUGCCAAGAAGAGGCAGAGCUCAGAUAAGAAUCAUGGACCUGCCAAAAAGAGGAGGCAGUCCCCAGGUGAUGGAAGAAAAGACGGAGAUGCCAGAUCACUGAAGAAGUUCAGUCCAAGAGCUCACAGAGACAAUUCAGAAAAAGGAUGGAAGAAGUCCAGGGAUGGAGGGAAAGCAUUUGGAAGGAAAACAAAGCCUGUAGGAACGACGUUCAAAGGAAAGACUUUUGAAGAAAAGAGAGCUGGUGGGGGGAAAUUUGGUGGUAAGAACAAAUUUGAAGGGAAAAAAACAUUUAGGGGAAAUAAAAAUAACGACAGACCUUUCAAACCAGGAGGUCAGAAAGGCAAGCCGGGCUUCAAGAAAAAGGGGGGAGCAGGAGCAAAGACAGGCUUUAAACAGAGGAAGGGAAAAGCAGAGGGCAGCAGGGACCAUCUGCUGUGGGGGAGAACAGCACUCUUCAGCAAGAUGGUGAACAAUUUCUCAGACUGUGAGAAGUUCCAGAUUGCCUUGCUGCCUUCAAUGUAUGGCAUUGAGUUCAUCGUCGCCCUGGCAGGAAACCUGUUUGCUCUCUGGCUGCUGGUGGUCAGAGAGAGAAAGAACUGGCACACUGGAGUUGUCCUGUCUUGCAACCUAGCGAUAAGUGACCUGCUGUACGUCCUGACCCUGCCUCUGCUGAUUGUCUACUACUCGCUUGGGAAAAACUGGAUGUUUAGGGACUCGGUGUGCAAGAUUGAAAGGUUUCUUUUCACCUGCAACCUGUACGUGAGCAUCUUCUUCAUCAUGGCAAUAAGUGUGAACAGGUGUGUGGCCCUUAUGUGGCCCUUCUUUACCCGAUCCCAUGUAAGGCCUGCCCACGCAAAGGCUGUCAGUGUCAUCAUCUGGAUCAUUGUAGGAGUCAUUUCCUGCCCUGUGUUGAAAUUUGCCUCAGUUUGCCCUAGUAGGCACAAUAACAACACACUGUGUGUGUCUUUCUGUGAAAAGACUCCAGGGGAUGAAAGCCCUCUUGUCACUUACAGAAUCUUUCUUGCUGUGUUUGGAUGUCUGGUUCCCUUCUUAGUUACUUUCACUUCUUACUGUGUGGUUAUUUGGGUGGUGUGGAAGAAUGUCAGUAUAACACCACUGGAGAAACGCAAGGUAGCCCUGUUGGUCUCAUCGGUUCUCGUGCUGUAUGCCAUUUCCUUUGUGCCUUACCACAUCUUUCAGAACUAUCACUUGUAUCUGAAAAUCCAGGACCCCAACAACUCAGGCUGCUGGGUGUACGACAUGUAUCAAGUGUCAAAGGGACUGGCAACCCUGAACAUGUGUAUCCAUCCAAUCCUUUACAUGGCUGUGUUUGACAGCAUAAGAGUAGCUUGUUGUGGAAAGAGCCAAGAAGAGGACUACCAGGGGGGAGUGAGGAAGUAGCUGGUGGUUAGCUUUUCUGUAAAUGAAAUCAUUGUAAUUAAUGCAGGAAGUCUUGCUCAAAUCUCUUAAACUUGUUUUUGUUGUUGAAAAUGAUGAUUGUGCCAACGUUGAGAUAAAACAUGUUUUGAAGAUG